AUGACAAACCGCUUAUCGAGCCUUCUCCAGGCAUCACGCCGAACGCGAAGAUGGUUUCAUAGUUUCUCUGCCACACGUGCGGAAAACUACCAGCGCGCGAGCGAAAAGCUGUUUGCGGAUGCAGAACGGGAGGAAGCAGAAGAAGCUCAAAGCCCUAAACCAAACAUUUCCAACAUUCCUCGGCUACAGAGCCAGGAUGAAGACUGGACAGGCGAAGAAUCUAUACAGGAUGCUGUGCUGCGCAUGCUCGUCGACAAGUACAAGCCUUUGCGCUCGGGGCCUAUCAGGACAGCUGACAUGAAGCUGAAGGAGGUGCCGCCGAAGAUGCACACAGAUGCAUAUGUUGUCGAACAGCCUGCCCAAGCGUGGCAGGAACUUUCAAACAAACCUUUGCUUCCUUCUAUAGAUGGCCAUAAGCCAUGGCAUACUACUUACAAGGCCCCUUCUCAUACAUCCGUGUCCAUCAAAUUCGGCAACCUCACACCUACAUCCGCACGUGCACCUGGCGUUCACCCUGUGGCAGACGAACGCACUAGAAAGACGGAGAGGGAGCUUGCCAGACGAAAAGAGCAAGCAGGACGACUGACAAGAGCUAGAGAGUCGACAUUGGAUUAUCGCUUGGGCCUGAAGAACAGUGAGGGGCAACACGCUGCUCGUCGAAACCCUGUCAGUAUGAGGGGCUGGCAGGCCUUGAUAGAGGACAAGAUACAGAAAGCUCAAGCUGCUGGACAUUUUGACAAAAUCAAAGGGCGAGGCCAGCCUAUGGUUAGAUUGAGCGACGAGCACAACCCUUUCAUUGCGAGAGAGGAGUUCCUUAUGAACCGGAUUGUUCAAAGGAACGGGGCAGCUCCACCAUGGGUCGAGGUCCAAAUUGAGCUGGAGACUGCAGUGAACUCAUUUCGCGACGUCCUGCGGCAGUCGUGGACAAGGCGCGCAAUUCGGACUUUAACAAUGUUGCAACCAGUGACUAUGUUGCCUUCAUUAUCGCUGGGCAGUGUGACAUCAUUGCGCGACCGCGAGUGGGAAGGACGAGAGCGCUCUUAUCACGAUACAGCCGUUGCUGAAUUGAAUUCUUUGGUGCGUAAAUACAAUGCCCUUGCGCCAUAUUCUGUGCGCCGCCCAUAUUAUUCUCGAGAGGCCGAAUUAGCCAAGGCGUAUCAGGAUUGUGGGGAUGACAUUCUGCGUGGGAUAUCGGAGAGAAGAAGAGAGAUACAUGGCAGGUCUGGUGCCUCACCACCAUCUGAAGUCGAGUCUUCUGUGGACGCCGAUGCUUCUACGGCCUACCUUUUGAGGCUUCGAGAUAUCAUCCGUCGGUGGUUUGUGAAGCUGCGAGACAGAUUCAUCAAUGCGUCCUGA